UACAUUUAAAUGCUAGGGUGAACAAUGAUUUAUUACAUACAAAUCGUAAGGGACAAACAACAAUUUAUGACCCUAAACUUUUUAUUUGGUAGUGUACUUGAUUGUUUUAAAAUAUUGUUCAAUUUCCUUUUGUAAAAUGAGAAAACCUUGUUUUCUGUUCAUAAAUGUACUUUUAUAAAAAUGUACGUUAAUGAAUGUGAAAUUUGGCCAAUACAAUAAUUAAACUGAUUACAUAAAACUGCUUCCUUUUACGUCAAACAUGUUAUGCAGCUUUCCAGGGUAGGAUAAAAUCAUUAUAAAUAUUAUUUAUUAUAUAUUUUGCCAAAAGGUUUUAACAAGAGCACAACGUCAAAACAAUGCACCACGGUCGACGGGUGUCCCUCAAUUCGAUCUUCGCUCGCUGGACUUUGUACGUACAAGCCGGGUAGGCACGUUCGAGGAAAACAUAUUUCCAGCCAAUGGGAAGCGUUCUGGUCGAAACGGCGCAAAAUUAGACCCAAAGUGACAUUGGGCUUGAGAAACUGGACACGGUUUUUUAGCUAAUAUAUGAAAGCUUUAUUAACGUCAAGAAAACCCCCGCUGGAUGGAUUUAUGUGUAACAUUAGUGUCUCACGAAAUGACAACAAUAUUAGCCAGCUAGCUAUUAGCUACGAAUGCUUAAGUUUAAUGUUUGCUUGCUAGCCUCUGUUAGCUAGCUUGUUUAGGAUGUCCAGUCUUCCUCAAAACAAUUUGAAGGAACAACUCGAGAGGUAUAGCAAUGCUGCUCAGAGCAAAUUGUCGCUCUGUAAACCUAAACCAGGGAUCUUUUGUUUUAAAAAGAAGUCCACAUCAGGCAUCACUAAUGUGGAAGUUCCCACUAAGGUAAACAGCUCAAAUGGUUUAACAAACAGGAGUGUAAAUGUUCCGUGUGAUAUUGCAGUAACUAAACCUCCUUUGACAUUUUCAACCAAGCCCAAAAGACCUCUUGCCAAAGUCAACUUCUCCUCAGUCAUUCCCAAAAGCAAGUCGGAAGUCAUCAGUCCUUUUCUAAACCCCUUUUCAGUGAGCAAACCCAUUUCAUCUGUUGGGUCUUCUGCGACACACUCCCCUGCGUUGACAAAAUCUGCAAGUUUAAUCACUGGUAACAAUGGAAGCCAAUCCACAGGACUUGAUAGCUGUUUUGAUAAUCCCUCAGAUGGAUGGGAUGAUUUGGAUGACUUUGAAACCCCUGUCAAGGGAAACUGUAAAACACCAAGCCCAGGGACAUCUGGGAAGAGUGGCAAAGGGACGCCUGUUUCCACUGUUGACAAAGUUCAUUCGAAUACACAUGGGUCUGACAAAUAUGUCCCUAUACAAACGCUGAAUGCGACGGAAAACAUCCAUAUUGGGAAGAAGAAUAGCCCUAUUGGGACAGGACAAUGUAUCACAAUAAAGGACUCACAAGGUUGCUUGGGGCCUAUCAGUACUGUUCCAAGAGACUGUCCCAAACAGGACCCAGCUGAGUGGGAGGACUGGGAGGUGGACGAUUCACCCAUUCAAACGGUGAGGAGACGACGUCCUGCUGCUCGUGCUGCGCCUGUGCUGAAUGACUGUAAAGGGAACAUCACAGACCCGCAUCUUGGUCCAGUUGGAAAAAACAUCAGUCAUCAAAGUAAACGGAAUGACACCGAUGUCAUAGACCUUGAUGUCAAUUCAGAAUUAGAUGAAGACCUAGAUUUCAUCCCCCCUUCCCCAAGCCUGGAGAACUCUAGUCAUUCUAUUUCUACAAAGGAGACAAGCCUGAAGUCCUCUUGUUCUACAGUCAGUAGAGACAUCCGCUCUGUAUCAGCACGAGAGUCAGUUUCAAGCUUGCAAAAAGUGUCUGGUUGGCCUUUUAAAGGAAGAGUUACAAAUUCAAAGUCAGAGGAGCAGCUCCUCAGCAUCAUGGAGUCAAUCUGUGCUCUGGUGGAUUCCAUCCCGGAGCAUGAACUGAUUGGCCUUUCCUGUGGGACAGAGCUCUUACUGCUGCGGGCUCACAGGAAAAGGAUUAUUGCUACCAGCAGCUGUGAUCCUUCUGCAAUGUCACAAGAGCCAGAGAGCACAGUCUUGGAACGUGGAUUAAAUGAAAAGCCUGGCUUUUCUUUUGCUACUCCCAUGUCUUCCACCACUUGCCUGUCCAAGAAUAAAGGCGAAUCUUCCAUUAAACCUCUUCCUUUUACAAGGUCCUCAGUCAUAUUUGGGGACUACGAAAGCAAUGUGUUUGAGGACACUGACUGCAUGAUCAAUGAUGUUCAGGAUACAUGCAAUUCUUGGAGACUUAACACUCCAGAAAAUCCAAUUUUCACCAGAGACAAGGACAAAGCAUCCACUAGAGGCGAAAGGAAUUGUAACUCUCCCUCUAAUUAUAGCAUCUCCAAGAACCAAACAAGUGAUGAGUCAAACCUUUUCUUCUCACCGAAGACACCAGCAGUAGCAGUACACAGUAAUUUUGAGAGCAGUGCCCAAGCCUCUGUGGCUCCAGCCCCACUUGACGCAGAACCAGAUGAUUUUUUCAUUGAUGACUUUGACAUAGAUGACUUCAAUGAUUCAGAUAUCCCGGAUUACUUUGAACCUCCAAACUCAAACGCAAACUCAGCAUCAAGGCAUGGCUCCAUUGCUGUGACUAAAACUGCGUGUCAGGGUGGACCAAGUACAUCAGCAUUGCAGAAGGCACUAGCAACCCCAGCCCCUGUGGCAAAGCCUCCUAAAAUAACCACUCCUGCAGAGCCCACAUACAGAAACCCUGCUCACGAUCGUUUCAGAGGCUUUAACUUCCCCCACUGUCCAGAGAUGAUGAAGAUUUUCCACAAGCGCUUUGGUCUCCAUCAGUUCCGAUUCAAUCAACUGGAGGCCAUUAAUGCUACAAUGCUGGGUGAAGACACAUUUAUCCUAAUGCCCACAGGAGGGGGGAAAAGCCUUUGCUACCAGCUGCCAGCCUGUGUGUCUGCAGGGGUCACGGUGGUCAUCUCACCGCUGAAAUCCCUCAUAGUCGACCAGAUCCAGAAACUCACUACUCUGGAUAUUCCUGCCACAAGUUUGUCUGGUGAAAAGACUGACAGUGAAGCUGCCAGGAUCUACUUGCAGCUGUCCAAAAAGGACCCCAUCAUUAAACUCCUUUAUGCCACUCCAGAGAAGGUGUGUGCUAGUGGCAGGAUGAUCAGUGCCCUUAAUAACCUCUAUGAGAGAGGUCUUCUGGCACGCUUCGUCAUUGAUGAGGCUCACUGUGUCAGUCAGUGGGGCCAUGACUUCCGACCAGACUACAAGCGGAUGUACGAGCUGAGGCAGAAGUUCCCCAAAGUGGCCAUCAUGGCCCUGACGGCCACAGCCACACCUCGUGUCCAGAAGGACAUCCUCAACCAGCUUCAGAUGACCCGGCCACAGGUGUUUAACAUGAGCUUCAACAGGAGCAACCUGAAGUAUGCUGUGCUGCCAAAAAAACCCAAGAAGGUUGAUGAGGAUUGCAUUGACUGGAUCAAGAAGCAUUAUCCUCGUGAUUCUGGCAUUGUGUACUGCCUGUCUCGUAAUGACUGCGACACCAUGGCCGACCGUCUUCAGAGAGCCGGGCUACUAGCAUUAGCCUACCAUGCCGGUCUCAACGACAAAGACCGAGAAUAUGUGCAGAGCAAGUGGAUCAAUCAGGAUGGCUGCCAGGUCAUAUGUGCCACCAUUGCCUUCGGCAUGGGCAUUGACAAGCCUGACGUGCGCUAUGUGAUCCACGCUAGUCUCCCUAAGUCAGUAGAGGGCUACUACCAGGAAUCAGGGAGGGCAGGCAGGGAUGGAGAGAUCUCUCACUGCAUCCUCUUCUACUCCUACACUGAUGUCAUCCGCAUCAAGAGGAUCAUCAGCAUGGACAAAGAUGGCAACCACCUCACCAAAGCAACUCACAUGAACAACCUGCAUAGUAUGGUGCAUUUCUGUGAGAACGUCAUGGACUGCCGAAGGCUACAGUUGCUAGCUUACUUUGGAGAACACACAUUUAAUGCAGACUUCUGCAAGGAACACCCUGACGUUAUCUGUGACAACUGUUCCCGACCUAAUCAAUACAAGUUAAGAAAUGUGACUGAAGAUGUGAAGAAGAUUGUAAGAUUUGUCCAGGAGAACUGUGAAAAACCUGGAUCCAGAUACAGCAAUUCUGCAAACCAAAAUCGUUUGACUCUGAACAUGCUGGUAGAGAUUUUCUUAGGCUCUAAAAGUGCCCGGAUCCAGUCAGGGAUGUUUGGUAUAGGGAAGGCCUACUCCAAACACAACGCUGAGCGUCUUUUCAAGAAGCUUGUGCUGGAUCACCUUUUGGUGGAGGAUCUGUACAUUGCAGCCCACAGCCAGGCUGUAGCCUACAUCUCCGCGGGACCCAAAGCCAUGAAUGUCCUGGCAGGGAACUUGCAGGUGGACUUCUAUGAGACUGAGAGCGCCUCUAGCAUCAGGAAGCACAAAGCUGCUGUGGCCAAGGAUGUCUCCAAGAGAGAAGAGUUAGUCCAGAAGUGCCUACAGGAGCUCACUGAUUUGUGCAAGAGGCUGGGCAAGGUGUUUGGAAUUCACUAUUAUAACAUCUUCUCCACUGCCACCCUGAAGAAAAUAGCUGAGACUCUGUCGGCCGAUGCUGAUGUGCUGUUGACGAUUGACGGUGUGACGGAGGACAAGCUUGAAAAGUACGGAGCAGAGGUCAUCGAGCUGUUGCAGAAAUACUCUGCAUGGAUGCUACCUGUGGAGCAGCAGUCUGACAGCACCGGUGGAGGCUCUACUAUGGCAUGGAUAGACACAAGGCAAGACCGUGGAGACCUAGAGGAUAACUAUUGUGAUGACGACACUGGAUCAUCCAAUUAUUUCAACAAUAACCAGGGAAGAGGCGAGAAGAGGAAGAAAGCCCCUGCUUUCAAGAAAUCAAGAAAGAGAAAAGUAUCUACGAACACAAAAGGGGGUUACAGCAGCAACGGGUCGUGGACCGGUUCGAACUCAAGAGGUGGAUCUAAAGGCCGGGGUUUUGCAGGACGGGGCUCAAAGCCUUCAGCAGCAACAACAGGACCAGUGGGCAGGAGACCUGGCUUCAUGGCCCUUCCCACGCCACAAACCUAUAACCGGCCUUUCCUCAAACCAGCCUUCUCACUGUUGGAGUGAAGGUCCUGGCCAUGACUGGAGUUUUCGGGGUAGCAAGGAACCAUCUAGCUAGGCAGUGACUUGGAGACAGUCAGUUCUUUUUUUGUGCAUAUUUCUUGUAAAUACCUGUAAUUUAUUUACUUGUUUCAUUUCAACUGUUACUUUAUUGUGUUGUUUUGUGUGAUUGCUAUUUUAGCAGUAUUUCUUCAAUGCUUUUAUCAAUUGUGAAACACUUUUUUAA